GCCAACCUCUUCGUGACAUAACUGCAUCCCAGAUUUGUGUGGUAUUUUUCCUAGUUUUAACAUUCUCCUUUCACAUGUUCUCUGAAUAAACAAAUAACUAAUAAUUCCUGUGGUAAUAUGAUGGAAUCAGAUUUUUGUUCCUGUAUUGGACGAUGACCAUUGGUGGUGUGCUGCAUUUGAGUUGAAGGAGAAGACCAUAUGGUUCAUGGAUACUAUGUACCCCAACCCCGAAGAGAAGCAUAAGUCUAUUCUGAAAAAUAUGAUCCCGGCCAUCGACACGAUGUUAAAUGUCCAUGACCCCCAGUGGGAACUAGGCACAAUGGGUAGUUGGGGAAGACAACUAGUCGAGCUUAUGAACAACACCGACAAUCAUAGCUGCGGCGUACUAAUGUUGGGAUGGAUAAAGUCAUCGGCCGCUCGUAUCGUAUCAAGAUAUGGAAUGGAAAAUAUUGUUGUGGCUCGAAAAGCGCUACUAAUGGAAGACUUUCUCUCGGAAUUUAAUGAAGCAAAGGAUGAAGCAUUGUCAGCAAUCACCUGUACUUGAAAGGCAUCUGAUGAUUCUCGUAGUAAUAUUAUGUAACUCUUGGAAACUGUUUAUUAGCCGGAUUAUCUAAUGUUUAAGAUUUG